GCGCCCGUGUUUCACUGCGGCUGGGAUAGAAGUGGGGACGCGGAAGUGAAGGAGAAACACCUGACGGCGGCAGCGUCGUGCCCGGCUAAUGAGCCGCCGCCGCCGCCGCUGCUGCCAUUUUGGCUCCGGUGGCUGUGCGACUGGUUUGUCGGCUCGUCUCCGCUCAAUCUCAGUGUCGCUAAAGACCAGUGUUUCUGACGGAAUAACCCUGAGUCUGUUCCUCCACUUGGUGGACUUCAUUUUAUUUGAUAAUGUUGAAUAUCUAUUGAGUUUCUUUAUAGUUCUUUGUUUGAAUCUUUAUAUCCUGAACUUCUGGCUUUUUGUUUUACAGUCGGCUCAGCACAAGAGCUGUUUUUUUUAAAUGUUUCUUUACUUUACAUGCACUUAAACCUAUUUUUCAGUCACUCAUUUGUUUAUUGAGGUUCCCCCACAGCUUCUAUCAUUUACUUUUAAAGCCCUUUUUUUUUACGUUAUUCUAACAGGACUGAAGUUUUUGAAUAUUUUUCUUUUCCCCUUUAUCUAACUGUUUUUAGUUUUUAUAUUUUGACUUUAGUUUACUGGUUUGUGAAUCUGCAGCUGAAUGACUGUCUUAUUUGAGUAUAUUAUCUGUAUAUACAUUUUAUGAUGACUCCCGCUGAACACCUCACAGCGCCACAGUAGUGAAACCCCUCCAAACACGGUCCACUGGACGAUUGAAAGCUGUUGCACACGCAAGCGUCUCCCGUGAGGUGCAGCAUCACAGACGUGUCGCUGCUCGUGUCACGACUUGUCUGUCAGUGCUGGUUCUUACCUCCACCUGCUCGUGUCUGGUGGACACACCUUGAUGACCAAACUUCUCUCCGUCUUAUUUCACGUUGCGGCUCCACCUUAGUCACUGACGUGCUGGGAUAUUUUCGGAAACGCAUGUAGGUUCUGGAAGGUUCCGUGGGACCUGUCUGGCUGGGCGUUCACGUCAUCGAUGCCCCAUAUCUGCACGGCCUCCUCCUUGUAAGGGCCCUGCUCCAGGUCCCUGUGGGGUGACAGACCGCCUCGUGCACGUUUUGUGAUAGUUAUGCUCUUCCUUAGCUGAGGUGGAUGUGGACUCAGCGGCCACGUCAGUCCUGCAUUACGUCAUCUCAAUAACUUCACAACUUCCCCUUGUGAAAUGUGUAUUUACAGGCUUUAGUUUCUUUGACCAUGAAAAGUGGCUUCAUCUCACUUCCUGCUGUGUGAAUGGAGACUGACACUCAUUGUUGCUUCACACACUCUUUGCUUUGUCCCUGUUUUCAGGCCUGAAUAACCCGCUUGGCCUUCGUUUGUCCUCAGUUUGAGUUUCUCUGCCGCUUUUUAAAAGUGGUUUUCUUAGUUGGGUUUUAUCUUGGAUUUAUCGGUUUUCUUCACUCCCCUUUUUUUUGGUAUUUAAAAAGUUAGCUUGUAUGUUUUAAAAUCUAAGAAGUGUUUCUUUUUCUAUAUUUUUGUUUUUAUGACAGUGUAAUCAGAAAUGUAUAGAAUCAGAAUUCUAUAGAAUAAAAUCAAAAUUGUGACACUGAAGAAGCAGACUUUCAGAAAGGAAACCAAUCUCUGGUUGAUCACAGUCUUGAACUUGAAAUCACUUUCUGGUUUAUGUUAAUGCCCAGUAACGUCACGGUGAAAUGUUCAUGGUCUUCUUGGUUCUUCUUGCACAAGACUCUGUAAAGUUGAUGGACUGGAAAUUUGAGUGUCAUUCUUUUCCCUCUCCUGAGAGCGGAAGCACCGACUCCACUGGCUGUUCUGAUACUAGUGUUUCUCUUUCUUCAGAAAUGGAGUUUGCUAACGUCAGGUCCUCAGCGUCCAUGAUCUACGACCGAUUCAUCCAGAAUGCAGACUCCAGGACGGAAGACUGGCUGCUCAUGUCAUCGCCCCUCCCCCAGAGCAUCAUCAUCGCAGCCUACAUCUACUUUGUGACCUCGCUGGGGCCUCGAAUCAUGGAGAACCGGAAGGCCUUCGACCUGAAGGGGGUGCUCAUCGUUUACAACUUCGGAGUGGUGGCGCUGUCGCUCUACAUGUGCUAUGAAUUUGUCAUGUCCGGCUGGGGCACGGGCUACUCCUUCCACUGCGAUCUGGUGGACUACUCUGAAAAUCCCCAGGCCGUGAGGAUGGCGGCAACGUGUUGGCUGUACUACUUCUCCAAGUUCAUCGAGAUGCUGGACACGAUCUUCUUUGUGCUGAGGAAGAAAAACAGCCAGGUGACGUUCCUCCACGUCUACCACCACUCCAUCAUGCCCUUCACCUGGUGGUUUGGAGUCCGCUUCGCUGCCGGUGGUUUGGGAACAUUUCACGCGCUGCUCAACUGCGUGGUCCACGUCAUCAUGUACACCUACUACGGCCUGACGGCUCUGGGGCCGAAUUACCAGAAGUACCUGUGGUGGAAGAAGUACCUGACCACCAUCCAGCUGAUCCAGUUUGUGAUGGUGACCAGCCACAUCUCCCAGUAUUUCUUCAUCAAGGACUGCCCGUACCAGUUCCCCAUCUUCGUCUACAUCAUCGGCCUGUACGGCCUCAUCUUCCUCUUCCUCUUCCUCAACUUCUGGUACCACGCCUACACCAAAGGCAAGCGGCUCCCCAAAGUCCUGCAGGCUCAGACGUGGGCUCACCACAGCAGCGGCCUCAUCAACGGAAACGCCAACCACAACAAGAACGAGUGACCGGACCCGAGUGGACCCGCCCGUCCCUCCUUCAGGGUUUGGACCAGAGAGAGACGAUGUUUAAAUGAAUGUUCUUGACACAAGCUGAAGGGAUUUAUUUUAUAUAUUUACACUGAAGGUAAAGCCCAAAGUUCUGCCUCGGAAAGUUCCCAUGUAUCCUAGUUUCUGCCUCCUGGUGGUGACCGGACGCACCCAUCCCAAAAAAAAAAAAAAAAAAAAAAAAGAAGCUUCGUUCGUGAGGUCAUUUCAAGAGUGUUGACGAGCUUUAUUUUUUUUUUUUUAGGAAACCCAGCCUUUGUAUUUUUAAUAUGCUGAUAGAAGUUGAGGGUUCAUUUCACAAGCUCAAACUGACCCUGCAAGUCUGUUUGGGCGACUCCGUUUUUUGGGGUCAUGGUUUUGGGAGGGGGUGUGCGCGCACCAACCGCCUCUCCUGGCUUGAGCCACAUUGCUGAAGGGGCCAGACCUAUGAAGCGCUGAUGUGGCGGCGAUGAAGGCCGAGAGGAGGGGUGGGCCGGGGACACUGGUUAUACACCACUGAGGAGCCACAGACCCUCCUCACUUAAAUUUGACAACUUCAAGACUGCACCAUCCACCUACCAUGUUUGUUUGUGUUUUCCAAAUGGCUGCUAAUUUUUUUUUUAAUAUGUUUGACAACUGCUUCUAUGGUGAACUAGACACAGGAUCGAGUUCAAAGAGGGGAUUUAAGUCGGCCCCUCUCUGAGCAACUGGAACAUUUGGUUUUCUUUUCAGUUCUCUGUCUGAUCCCUUCUUGUUUAUAUAGUUGCCACUGAAAAAAGUGUUUAUACUGUGUUUUAUAUGUAUUUAUGUAAAAUAAAUGAUCUGUACUUUA